AUGGCUGGCAUAAAACCCACAGACGUAGUGCCCUCUGCGGCAGUUAAGUUCUUCGGAGCUGGCACCGCAGCCUGCAUUGCUGAUCUUGUCACCUUUCCACUGGACACGGCCAAAGUUAGACUACAGAUUCAGGGAGAAUGUCAGAAAGGGUCAAGUGCAAUAAAGUAUCGGGGAGUGUUUGGCACCAUUACCACCAUGGUACGCACAGAGGGGGCCAGGAGUCUUUACAAUGGACUGGUGGCAGGACUCCAGAGGCAGAUGAGCUUUGCUUCUGUCCGAAUUGGCCUUUACGACUCCAUGAAGCAAUUCUACACUCGAGGAACUGAUAGUGCUGGGAUUGUUACUCGGCUCAUGGCAGGGUGUACCACAGGAGCCAUGGCUGUGGCUUUUGCACAACCAACUGAUGUGGUGAAAGUGCGGUUCCAAGCCCAGGUACGAAUGGCAGAUGGUGUGAGGAGAUACAAUGGCACGCUGGAUGCCUACAGGACGAUUGCCCGAGAUGAGGGGGUGCGAGGCCUUUGGAAAGGUUGCAUGCCCAACAUUACCCGUAACGCCAUUGUCAACUGUUCAGAGUUGGUGACCUAUGACCUGAUCAAAGAAAACAUCUUGAAGUAUGACUUAAUGACAGACAACCUGCCAUGCCACUUCAUUGCCGCCUUUGGUGCAGGCUUCUGCACGACAAUUGUGGCUUCCCCUGUGGAUGUAGUCAAAACACGGUUCAUGAAUUCACAAUCUGGCCAGUACAACAGUGCUAUAAACUGUGCUCUCACCAUGCUGAGAAAAGAAGGACCCACAGCCUUCUAUAAAGGGUUCAUGCCUUCUUUCCUGCGACUGGGGUCCUGGAACAUUGUGAUGUUUGUGACAUACGAGCAAAUCAAACGAGGUAUGACCAGGGCACAACAGUACUGGGAGUCACCGUUUUGAUCUCAGCUUGUCAGACGCUUCCUUUAGACAGAAAUGCACAGAAACAAGAAGUUAACCCUCACCACAGUGCACUGAUGACCAGUGGUUUUAUAAGCUGAAUAUGAUAGCUGCAAGUGGAGGCCCAGAGGAGAACUUCAAAAGGUUUCGGAGGUCUCAGGUCAUGCUAUCUGUGUAGCAGCUUAGAGUUGGAAUUCAUGCUCUAAAAGAGUUCAUGUGCUAUUUGCAAAAAGUCCUUAUAAUGACAGGAGUUUGUUCACUGAUUCAUUAAUGAACACUAACUCUGUUAGUAUUGUUGUAAAACUAGAAGGAUUUUAGUAUUCAACUGUAAAAGGACAUUUUAAACUGUAAUGUUGAGCACUUUCUUUUUUUUUUUUUAAAUGCUGCGAAGGAUGUGAAAUGGAGGAGAAAGGGUAAUUCCAGAAAGUCUUGCUUUAUUAGUUAUUAGCAUAUCCAUAUCAAAAACCUUGAUCAGCUGGCUCUGGGCUUUGAAGAUUCAUUUUCAUGUUUACAAGAAUAAACUGUAGGAUCAUAUGGAUUAUGUGGUAGUAUAAUGUUAUUAGUUAUUAAGAGUAAGUUUCCAUGAAAGCAGUGGACAGACUGAGCCUGGCAACACAGGCCUAAACAGUGACCAUUUCUAUGUUCCUCAAUCUGUUUUCUGUAUCUUGGACUGUUUACAAUUUAGUUUACCAAUGUUUGUGAUGCAUGUGCUCAGGGGUUCAUAGGAUAAUAUAUUUAUUGGUGUAUGUAAAUAGUAGGAUUUAUUGCUGGUCAAUAAGUUGUAAAUAUGUUGUACACAAUGACAAAUGAAUGCCAAAAUUAAAGAAUAAUUCAGCUGUUCUUUAUCUUUGUCCAUUAUUGAGUCUUGCUGUACCUUUGGUAGUUGUGUUACUUGAACCAACCCUGGAAUAAAGUUUAUAAUGUGAAUGAAAAGAAUAAAAAGAUUAGAGAGUUACUGAAGUGAGGCAAUACAUUUGCUGUUUACAGUAGUUGAACACCUUGAGAGUUGGGUCAUGUUCAGAAUUC